AUGCCUACAACUCAUGGCCCAAUUCACAUUGGUCCAAUAUAUAAACCAACAAUAGCACAAUCUCUAAAAACCGUAUUAUUCUCUUCAAAAUUAAAUGUGUUAUUAACAUUUAUUCCAUUGGGAUUUUUGGCUCAUCAUUUUAGAUGGAUGAGUGCUAUCAUUUUCGUGUUUAACUUUCUAGCAUUGAUACCAUUGGCGAAUUUACUCGGGUUUGUUACUGAAGAUAUCGCAAACCGGUCUGGUCAGACAAUCGGAGGCCUUCUAAAUGCAACUUUCGGUAAUGCUGUAGAAUUAAUAAUCUCCGUCGUAGCAUUAAUUCAGGGCGAAAUUCGUGUAGUUCAGGCGUCGAUGUUAGGUUCUAUAAUCUCCAAUCUCUUAUUGGUCUUGGGAACGUGUUUUCUUGCCGGCGGAUAUCUUUAUAAAGAACAAAAUUUUAAUCAAAAAGCUGCGCAAACUAGUUCAGGAUUAAUGGCAAUAGCUUGUAUUGGAUUGGUUAUACCUGCUGCAUUUCAUUUCGAAGGUAAUCAAGAAAGUAGUGUGAAUGGAAAUGACUUCUUAUUACAUAACCAAGUUAUGAAUUUGAGCCAUGGAACUGCAUUGGUGUUGUUGGCUAUUUACGUGCUUUUUUUAAUUUUUCAGUUGAAAACUCAUUCUCACCUCUACGAUGGAGAAGAAUCCGAAGAUCCACAACUAUCUUUUGGGACGUCUUUAUUUUUACUAGCUUCAAUAACAGUUAUCGUUACUUUUUCUGCUGAUUAUCUUAUCGAUUCAAUCGAAGGAAUCACGAAUACUCUUAUGUUAAGUAAAACCUUCGUUGGAUUGAUUUUAUUACCAAUCGUCGGUAAUGCUGCUGAGCACGCAACCGCAGUUAAAGUAGCAAUGAAAGAUAAGAUGGAUCUUGCUAUCGGAGUUGCUGUUGGUAGCUCAAUGCAAAUCGCAUUGUUUGUCACUCCAUUCCUAGUAAUCCUAGGGUGGAUUAUUGGUCAACCAAUGUCAUUGCUCUUCCAAACCUUUGAAACCGUAGUUUUGUUCGUCUCUGUCUUGAUAACUAAUUAUUUAAUUCAGGAUGGUAAUUCAAAUUGGCUUAAAGGCAUGAUACUAUUGGCUACCUAUUCAAUUAUAUCACUAGCAUAUUUCUUUUAUUCUGAUGAUGAUUCUGUCGAAAAAGUUGUUAGCGUUAUUAGCUCAAUCUUUUGA